AAAGAGGAGGGUGACUAACCUACUGUUCUUUGUUGUUUUUAUACUCUAUGCUAGUGUUUUAUAUUUACUUGUUGUAUUGCUAUACACAUCCUUAGUAUGGAAACAGCUGUAGACAAAAAUCAGUAUGUCCUCCAUAAUGAUCAACCAGUAGUCAAUCUCGAAAUAAAAUCGGCUUUCAAUGGCCUAUCCACGAAAGAAAAGCUAUAUGCCCACCACAUAAGCAAGGCAUCAUGGCAUGGAGGGCUUAUAACAUUGCUUCAAACAAGCCCAGAGUCUGGACCCCUGUUUGUACUUUUGCACAAACUUUUCACAGCUCAAAGUCCACUUCAAUUCAAAGCUGCUGCAGUUCAAGCAGGAUUCACUGAAGACGAAGUGAAAGCUCUGUUAGUCUAUGCAUGUGGUGUAUUCUGCAAUGCUGGGAACUACAAAGGUUUUGGUGAUACCAAGUUCAUACCAAACAUUGACCAAAAUCGUUUGGAGAACUUGCUGAAAGUAAGCAUAGUUUGGAGUGAACUGAAAACCCUAUGGGAAGAAAUUGGUGAUAGUUUGUACAAUUUGAAACCUGGCCACACAUGUCUGGGAUAUAGUCCUCAAGGAUGCACAACCUAUUUGUCGAAGAAUUGUACACCAGAAGACAGUGAGAGGGCUCAGAAUUGCAUGAAGAAAGAGGGACUGGAGUGUUAUAACAGUAGACUUUUCAAGACUGUGGAAAAUAAUAAGGUCAAUUAUGAAAUUCGAAUUGCUUCAGAGCAACAUGACACAAUCAAACAAUACACUGAAGGUGAUAUAACAUAUAAAAUCACCUCUGGUGACUAUUCACCUAUUAUGGCUAGAGUUGCUAAUGACUUGAAGCAAGCUGUACCACAUGCAGCAAAUGAAAUGGAAGCUAAAAUGCUCCAAUCAUAUGCUUCUUCAUUCAUUCAUGGUAGUUUGGAAGACCACAAGGAUGGGUCAAGGUAUUGGAUUAAAGACAAGGGGCCAGCUGUUGAGACUUAUAUUGGUUUCAUUGAAACCUAUAGGGACCCUGCUGGUGUUAGAGGGGAAUUUGAAGGAUUUGUUGCAGUAGUCAACAAAGAAAUGUCUGAGAAAUUUUCAACACUUGUGUCAAAUGCAGAACAGUUCUUGACUCUGUUACCAUGGUGCAAAGGGUUUGAAAAGGAUGCAUUUUUGAAACCUGAUUUCACCUCAUUGGAUGUGCUUACUUUUGCUGGUAGUGGUAUUCCAGCUGGCAUCAACAUACCUAACUAUGAUGAUAUACGGCAAACAGAAGGAUUCAAAAACGUUUCACUUGGAAAUGUGAUUCCUGCCAGCUAUCAGUUCGCUGUUACUCCAUUCCUGAGCAAGGACGAUGCUGAUCUCUUGCAAAAAUGGAGAGUGCCAGCCUUUGAACUGCAGGUCGGUCUACACGAACUUCUCGGCCAUGGUUCGGGCAAACUGUUGCAGAAAAAACUUGACGGCACGUUCAACUUCCCUUCGACGCUCUUGGAUCCCCUAACAGGGCUCCCGCCGGCGUCCUAUUACGAACCCAGAGACACCUAUGACACCCGUUUCGGCCCUCUGAGUUCUUCUUAUGAAGAAUGCCGAGCCGAAGCUGUCGGACUCUAUUUGAGUCUGGACACAGACGUCUUGAGGAUUUUCGGGCAUGAAGGGCAACAGGCGGAAGAAGUUACCUAUGUUAAUUGGCUGUCUUUGGUGUGGGCUGGUGCAGGAAGGGGAUUGGAGCUGUGGGAGCCAGGCAGAGGUUGGCUGCAGGCCCAUGCACAGGCUCGUUUUGUGUUGGCAAGAGUCUUGAUCCAAGCAGGAGUAGCCUCAGUGACCCAGCCUAGUGAAGGGGAUCUACUUGUAACUCUUGAUCGUUCAGCGAUUCGUGGGGCUGGCAGGGCUGCCAUUGGUCAUUUCCUACUGCAGUUGCAAGUCUACAAGGCCACUGGCAAUGUGGAGAAAGCAAGAGAACUAUAUAACCAUUAUGCUGAGGUGAAUGAACCUUGGUUGAGUUGGAGAUCUAUUGUAAUGGCUAACAAACAACCUAGGAAGAUGUUUGUGCAAGCUAAUACCUUUCUGGAAGGGAGUGAGGUUAAGUUGAAGACUUAUGAGGCUUCAGUUGAAGGUUUGGUGCAGUCUUGGGUAGACAGAUUCCAGGAGCCUCAGCCUUUGUAUGAAGCCUUAUUGCAUUUGAGUAGAGCUGAUGCACAUCAUUUCUAAAGAAAUAAUUAUUAUUUCAGUUUUCAAUGUUCGGACGUUUAUUAUAUAUUUUUGCAUAGAUAAUUUCCUAACCAAGAUUAUCAAGAAUCUGAUCAUGGGUUGCGUGCAAGAACUGUCAGAUGACCGUCCCUGGAGGCACAACAUUGAAACACAACCUCACUUUUCUUAUUUGUUAACAAGUGAAGGAAAUAAUUUUUCACAAUUAUUUUGGCAUAGGAAUCGUAUUUUUCCGCUAUUCAUGAAUUCGCUCAUGUCAUCACAUUGAGCUGUUAUAGCACAAAAACUGCAGCGGAAGACGAAGGAAUCCGGUUGGUACAUUAUGAUUUAAAAGUAAGUACCUACUAUAGUCACUCACAUAUAGUUUUCAUUUUUGAAAUUUGGUUAUUUCUCUGAUAUCUUAUCGGAAUUCCGUCUGCAAUAGGAGCUUAUAGAAAUACACGUGAAAUUUCUAAAAUAAUGCAAGAAGAUUGGAUUCAUGCAAUCAAUCGGGAGGAAGGACAACAUUUCAUAAUGACCUAUGUGAGAUUCUCUCACUUCAUUUUUUGUGCAUUGUAAAACAGCACAAUGCGAAGGCAUGCUUGAAUUAAUGAAUAGCGCUAAAAACACGAUUCCUAUGCCAAAAUAUUGUGAAAAACUAUUUCAAUCCUUUGAUUUCUCUGUAAACAAAUAAAAAAGUGAGGUUGUGUUUCAAUAAUUCACAGAAGAGUGAGGUUGUGUUUCAAUAUUUUGCCUCCAGGGUCGGUCAUCGUGCACGCCACCUAUUAUAAUUGGAUAGUUUGUUCCAACUUUUGUGAAAAUGGGCUUUUGUCAUUUUUUGUAAUAAAUUCAAUAGAGCAGUAGAAGAGAACAGCACUAAAUUGAAAAUUGUAUGGACCAGCUCAGGCUUGGAAAUAGUAAUUGGUAUACAUAAAUAUAUGGACUUGGGAGAGCUUAAUUUCAUUUUAGAUUUAAUGGAACAAUUUAUCUGUUUUUUUAACACUUCAGUUCUUUAAUGGUUCAUAUUCAGCCUCUGAAAUCCAUGAAAGAAUGAUAAGUUUAUACUGAUGAAAUAAAAUAUUAUUUAUC